AUGGUCGGUGGUGGAAGCAGAAGGGACGAUGGUUCGUUGGUAAUUAACAACACCAACGUGUUUGCGGCGCUUGAUACUUUGAAGAAGAAAAAGAAAUCGGAUAAGGAGAGGAAGAAUAAGGGUUCCAAAUCGGGGAAAGUGGAAUCUGAAUCGCAUUCCAAGAUGUUUUGGGCUCCGGCCCCAUUGAAUGCUUCUUCAUGGGGUGAUGUGGAUGAUGACGAUGAUGAUGAUUAUUAUGCCACCACUGCACCGCCUCAAUCUGUUUGGUCUGUUUCUGACCCACAACAUAGUGAGGAAAAGACGGACAAUUUUGAGGAUACUGAAAGUGAGGAAGAUAUUUUAGAUGAUGGGGAUGAGGAGGAGGAAGAGCAAGAUCAUGAAGCAGAACCGGAGGACGCUGUGAAACCUGAACCUGAGCUCAAGAAGGAAGCUGAAGUUCCUGUGGUACCAAAGGAAGCAGAACGACAGCUCUCCAAGAAGGAAAGGAAGAAAAAGGAACUUGAAGAGCUCGAGGCUCUUUUAGCUGAUUUUGGAGUCGCACAGAAAGAAAGUAAUGAUGGGCAAGGUCAAGAUGAUUCGCAAGGCGCACCUGAGGAUAAAAAAGAUGUUGAAGGGGAUGCAAAUGGAGAAAAGAAAGAAAUAGCUGUGGAGUCAAAGAAUGCCAAGAAGAAGAAAAAGAAGGAAAAAGCUUCCAAGGAGGUGAAAGAAUCCAACGGUCAGCACAGCAAUUCCGAAACAAACAUUGGGCCUGAUGCGGCCGAAAACGCAGAGGAGGAUCCAUCUGUUGUUGAUGUGAAAGAGCGUCUUAAGAAACUUGCUUCCGUGAAAAAGAAGAAAUCCAAUAAAGAAGUGGAUGCUGCUGCUCGAGCUGCUACUCAAGAAGCUGCUGCAAGGAACGCAAGGCUUGCUGCUGCAAAGAAAAAAGAGAAGAACCAUUAUAACCAACAACCUGUGCGGUAA